AUGGCGCUCCUUCCGCCCGAGUUUCUAGCAGCGGUCUUGCUAGCUUUCAUGCAGCUGCGGCUGCGCGCUUACUUUAGUCUAGCUACGUGGAUACUUAAUGGACUUACUUUCUUUCUACCGCCUGAAGAUGAGUUGAUCGCAACACUAAAUGGUCAACCGUUUUCGAAAACUACCAAAGGCGGCAAGAUGCCGGUUGGCCAACCCUUAAGCGCGGCUGAAAAGAUGGACAAGUUCUACGUUCGUGUAGCCAAGACAAGUAGUGGUGUCUUUGACCAGACGCUGUUUUUUGAGCUAUACGAAAUGCUCGUGGUGCUUGUCUCGUCAGCGUCCAUAGGAUGCUGGAUUGGAAGCGUUGUCAGCUUCACGGCACCAUGGUUUAAUCCGGCUACUGGUGGUGAUGACAAAGUCGAUGUGGGCACGUAUGGUCUAAUAUCGGCUAUGCUUGUAUCCCUUUGGUUUCCGCUGCAAUUAAACUUUGCCCAGGGCUGGGCGGGCUACGAAUCCCGAUUAGGCCUGGCCGUCGGGUUCAUUGGCCUCAUCCUUUCGGGCUUUAUCAUUCUUUCGCCUCAAGGAUGGUUUGAUUUUGAUCUGGAGCACGCAGUUCACUUAAUCGGUGUGCGUGUGGAAAUACUGCUUCGUGCUGUGGGAUUGACCGAUGCAGACUUUGUCAACAUCGCGCCAUUGGCUGAGAUGGCACGAGUCUCGGUGCUCUUGACGUUCUCGCUAUUUGCUGGUAUCUUCACGUGUACAACCUUCCUGCCGUCUUUUCGAUUUACACGCAUGUACUUCGAGAUGAUUAAGGACAAGCGAAUUACGAUCGUAAUGAAGCUCUUUCUUCAUCUCAAUAUGUUCCUGCCCGUGCUAAUGUGUAUAUUGUGGAUGCCGAGUCUCUCCAGUGCCGUGCUGGUUCCGUCCGAACUGGUCAAGUGCUCGCCGCGAGCGCUAGCCCGCGAUUGUCUACAGGACGAAGUGCUUGGGCUAUCAAACUCGACUACAACGGACGUGUGGAAGUGGUACAGCCUCACCGAGUCGCAGUUCCACACGUUACGGGUAUACGUCGUAUAUGUAGCAUGUCUGGUGCGAUUAAUCUGUUUCCGCACGUAUCUACAGCGUUUCUUGCUGGAACCUCGUGAGGUCAUGGCUUCCCAUGUGGGUCGUCCAGGUCUUGUGGAUGGCACAUGGCUACAGAAUAAGGUACGUCUGCAAUUUAAUUACGUCCCCAUUAUCGCACUUCAGUAUUUGGCACCCGUGUUUGCAAUAUUGGUGGUCGCGCAACUAUUAAUGCGGCAAACAGCGACGUCUCUUGGAAUUUUUAAAGGCCUCGUAUGGGUACUACGGCGCCUGGGGCCAAAUAUAUCGAUUCCUGCAUACCUCACAUGGGAGAACUUAGACGCAGGGUCUUUAAAUGUGCUGCCUGACCCCACAGCACCGCCCGAUCUAGGUGGUUUUCGUCUAGGCAAGGACUUGACUAAGGAGAAUGUAGCUCCUUUCCUGCGUGGGAUGAGUCAAUAUUUGGUGCUGACGGCCGAAUUCUAUGACUCGGCACUCGGCUUUGUCAUCUGGUUCUUGAGCUUCACAAUGGUGGCAGUUAGUAUAGCUGGUCUACUGUACUGGCGCAACGCCACAGCUCAGAAUACAAACGAAGUCGGCCAAGCUAUUCGACAGAAUAAGCAGACGCCCAAAAAGCUGAAGAACCAACUUAAAAGUCUGAAGUUUAGCAAAAAGAACAAGUAA